CGUCACAAACACACAAUGCGCGCAUUUCAUCCCAAAAUUCAAACAAACCAAAUCUAAAAUCAUUAAUAAAAUCAAAAAAUUCUUUAAAAAUUGGAUCAUACAGUACAACAAUACUUAAAUGCUGUAAUAAUUACAAAAACCCUAAAAGAUACUUCGUAUUAAAACCCCAAUGUUUAUGCAUUACAGCUGCUUUCUCCACAUUUCUUGAUUUCUUUCCUUAUUUUGUUUCAUUCAUUUCUCUCUCUAAAGGGAAUAUCUUUCUUAAUCUCCCCCCUCUUUUUUUUCAAAUUAAAGAACUUCACCAUUUGAAUUUUUAAGUGAAUAAUUAAGGAGGACCCCUCUAUUUUUCAACACUAAGAAUCUGCAUUGACCCAGGUUACCAAUGGGUAGGAAUUUGAGUCCUGCAUUGCGUCAAGAAUUAGCGAAAUUGGAAAAAGAUGCAGACAGUAGGAGAUCUGCAAUGAAAGCACUGAAAUUGUUUGUGAAAGACAUGGAUUCGAAAGCAAUUCCGCUGUUUCUUGCUCAGGUUUCAGAGACGAAAGAUGCUGGUUCGUCUCCGGGGGAAUACACCAUUUCCAUCUAUGAAGUUCUUGCUAGAGUACACGGGCCUAACAUUGUGCCUCAACUUGAUAAUAUAAUGUCUUCUAUUAUUAAGACUUUGACUACUAGUGGAGGAUCAUUUCCUCUUCAGCAGGCAUGCUCUAAGGUGGUUCCUGCUAUUGCUAGGUAUGGGAUUGAGCCCACUACACCUGAAGACAAGAAAAGGCGGUUAAUCCAUUUGCUUUGCAAGCCUCUUACUGAUGCUUUAUUAGGUUCCCAAGAGAGUCUGUCUUGUGGUGCUGCCCUUUGUUUGAAAGCCCUUGUAGAUUGUGAUAAUUGGAGGUUUGCUUCAGAUGAAAUGGUGAAUGAAGUUUGCUUAAAGCUUGCUGGUGCUUUGGAAGAUAAGUCAACUCAGACAAAUUCUCAUAUGGGGUUGGUCAUGUCGUUAGCCAAGCGCAAUUGUCUUGUCGUUGAGGCUUAUGCUCGGUUGUUGAUAAGGGCUGGGUUGAAUAUCCUGAAUUGUGGCCUGGCUGAGAAUAAUUCACAGAAACGUCUAACAUCUAUUCAGAUGGUGCAUUCUUUGAUGAAGUGGUUGGAUAUCAGGAGUAUUAUUUCGGAGCUAGACUCCAUAAUUGAGGAGAUGGAGAACUGCCAAUCUGAUCAGAUGCCAUUUGUCAAGGGAGCUGCAUUUGAAGCAUUACAGACUGCUAAAAGAUUACUAGUAGAGAAAGGGUCAAAGAUAAGUUGUGACGAGGUUUCAAUGACUGGUUCCAACUUCAGUAAGAGUAGUAAUAGCCUUAGGAGACAGUUAUCAAGUCCUGGAAGUCAGUCACCUUUAUCUGUGUCACCUGAAUCACAAACCCUUGAUUCAUUUUCUGAGUCUUUCAUGGACUCACCAAUCUCUAUGAGUCAAGCUUCGUGCAAUGGGGAUCAUACUAGGAAAAGUCUCAAUAGGAAGCUCUGGAAUCCGAAAAACGGAUACGUUAAUGUAUCUCUAAAGGACGGGCUUUUCUCAGAAGUUGCGCGUGAAAGCUUCAGGUCUCAUGCAUCCUUAGAACAAGAUGAAGGUUCCGAUAGUAGGAGAAGUUAUGCUACUGGAUUUCCAGGGUUUAAUCCUGGAAGUCCAGCAAAUGGAUCACUGAGAAGCCGGCCUCAAAGUCCAUCAAAUGGGGCAUUCAGAAGGCGAGCUCAAACUCCAGCAAACAGAUUUCUGAGAAGCCGACCUCAAAGUCCAUCAAAUGGAGCAAUGAGAAGCCAAACUCCCAGUCCACAGAAGACACGUUCUCAGAUAAAUCUCGAUAGUGUUAAGAUUUUUACUACUCCGAGGAAGCUUGUUCGCUCCCUUCAGGAUGAUGAUGAGAACUCGGUCUACUUUGACAAUCAAUCAAGAAGACAAUAUUCAGCCAAAUAUGAAUGGAGCCCUGUGAUCAAGUACAACCAAGAUGGCUGUUUAAAUAAGCAUAUGCCUCAAGAUGGCACUGGCUAUGUAACAGAUGGAUGUGAAAAUCCUCAAUGUGAUUCUAACUCAGAAUCAGUCUCAUCAACUGAAGAUGUUUUGGGCAUCGCUAAUGGUGAUGUCUCUCUCAAAAUGUUCCAUAAAGAUCAAAGUACAACUGAGAAGAUAGUGAAAAUUUCUGGGCGGAAGAUUUCCACUUUGUUGUCGUUCAUCUUACUGGUGCUUUCUGUAGGUUUUGCAUCAGUUUUGUUCCUAGGUGAGCAGGAUGAAAUUCUUAACAUGGUUCCAACUUAGCUUCUUUUUUUUUAUUCGAUUUUAGCAUAAUUAGUUGUCAUGGAGAAUCAACAUUUUCAGCAAAAGAGACCUACCAUGUAUUAGUCUGUUAAGAUGUAUUGUAUCUGUACAAAUGACUAUUUGUUUCACUUUCUAAAACUUCAAGUAGAUCUCUUUUGGGAA